AUGAAUAAUUUUACCUUCUCAGAAGAACAACUUGCUUUUGAUAGUCCAGCUUUAGCUCCCGACGAUGUUAGAUUAUAUCUGAAUAGAAUUGGAUUACUUUGUUUAGAUGAACAUCGAGAACAGAUGAAAAAAUUAUUGAAACGUCAACGACAACCAUCCGUAAAUGUUACAAAUGUUCAAAAUAAAUCAUAUGAUAAUGGACUAAAAGAUCACAAGCAAGAGCCGCUUCCGUCUAGAAAGCGAACAUCGUUUUCACCUGUUGUUACAAGAAAACGAGGUAGAGAUGGUUUUAUUGAAUCGAAUUAA